AAGAGCACCCGAGUGCAGGCUCCGGUCUCUUUUGCUUGCUGUGACAGCAAAGCCUCACACUGGAAAUCACAAUCUGGGAGUUAGCAAGUGGCCCCUGAUCUUUCUUUCUCUUUUUUUACUGCUUUUCCUCUCUUUUUGUCUUCUCAUUUUUCCAAGGAAGAGGCAUUUUCACUGACAGCUUCUUGGACAGCUCUGGGACACCAUUUUUCUGAGGAGGCAAGCUCUUGCCUGUAAUAUUUCAUUGCAACCAUGGCCCCUAAGAAGAAGAAUGUGAAGAAGAACAAAGCAGAUAUCAAUGAAAUGACUAUCAUUGUGGAAGAUGGCCCUCUCAGCAAACUAAAUGGCUUGAAUGGACUCUUGGAUGGAGGAAAUGGCUUUAGCUGCAUCUCAUCUGAAGUUUCUGACCCAUUAUAUAGCCCAAAUCUCUUGGAAGGUCUAAGCAAAAUGAGACAAGAAAAUUUUCUUUGUGACUUGACUAUCAGUACCAAAACCAAAUCCUUCAGUGUUCAUAAGGUGGUGAUGGCUUCAAGCAGUGACUACUUUCAUAACAUCCUAAAGAAGGAUCCAUCCACUCAAAGAGUGGACCUCAAUGAUGUGUCCCCAUUGGGUCUAGCUACUGUUAUCACCUAUGCUUACACCGGGAAACUUACUCUCUCACUUUAUACAAUAGGUAGUAUUAUUGCCACAGCAAUUUAUCUACAGAUUCACACCCUUGUCAAGAUGUGCUGUGAUUUUCUAAUCCAAGAAAUCAGUGUUGAGAAUUGUAUGUACGUUGCCAAUAUUGCAGAAACAUAUGGACUAAAAACAACCAAGGAAGCAGCACAUAAAUUUAUUCGAGACAAUUUCAUUGAAUUUUCAGAAACAGAUCAGUUCUUAAAACUUACUUUUGAUCAGAUUAAUGAACUUCUUGCAGAUGAUGACUUGCAGUUGCCUUCUGAAAUUGUUGCAUUCCAGAUUGCAAUAAAAUGGCUGGAAUUUGACCAAAAAAGAGUAAAGUUUGCUGCUGAUCUCUUAGGUAACAUCCGUUUUGGUACCAUCUCAGCCCAAGACCUUGUCAACUAUGUUCAAACUGUGCCAAGAAUGAUGCAAGAUGCAGACUGCCAUAAACUCCUAGUGGAUGCCAUGAACUAUCAUUUGCUUCCCUACCACCAGAAUACACUGCAGUCCAGAAGAACAAGGAUCCGUGGAGGUUUCAGAGUCUUAGUUACUGUUGGGGGACGCCCUGCUCUAACAGAAAAGUCUCUUAGCAGAGAUAUCCUAUACAGAGAUCCUGAAAAUGGAUGGAAGAAGCUGAGUGAAAUGCCUUCUAAAAGUUUUAAUCAGUGUGUGACAGUGAUGGAUGGAUUUCUCUAUGUGGCCGGUGGGGAAGACCAGAAUGAUGCCAGGAACCAAGCCAAGCAUGCAGUCAGCAAUUUCUGCAGAUACGAUCCUCGUUUCAACACCUGGAUCCACCUGGCAAGCAUGACUCAGCGGCGCACCCACUUCAGCCUGAACGUGUUCAAUGGCCUCCUUUUCGCAGUGGGUGGUCGCAACUCUGAGGGGUGCCUCUCCUCACUUGAGUGCUAUGUGCCUGCAACUAAUCAGUGGCAGAUGAAAGCACCUCUGGAGGUGCCCAGGUGCUGCCAUGCCAGUGCAGUGGUGGAUGGUCGGAUCCUGGUCACGGGAGGCUACAUUAAUAAUGCUUACUCUCGCUCUGUGUGCAUGUACGACCCCAGCAAAGAUAGCUGGCAGGAUAAGGCCAGUCUCAGCACCCCGAGGGGGUGGCACUGUGCAGUGUCCCUUCUGGAAAGGGUCUAUGUCAUGGGUGGGUCUCAGCUCGGGGGGCGAGCCGAAAGGGUCGACGUUCUCCCUGUGGAGUGUUACAGCCCUUACACAGGGCAAUGGAGUUACGUGGCUCCUCUGCAAACUGGAGUUAGUACUGCUGGUGCCUCCACCCUUAGUGGGAAAAUUUACCUAGUGGGUGGCUGGAAUGAGAUAGAGAAAAAAUAUAAGAAGUGCAUUCAGUGCUAUAAUCCGGAUCUCAAUGAAUGGACAGAGGAAGAUGAGCUGCCUGAGGCCACGGUGGGCGUAUCCUGUUGUACAAUAUCUAUGCCCAACACCAAGACAAGGGAGUCCAGGGCCAGCUCAGUUUCUUCUGUCCCAGUCAGUAUUUAAAUACAGGUCUAACCAGCAGUAAGUACAAAUGUUUACCAGCACAGCAAUAUAAUUAACCCUUUAAGUAGCAUUUCUGUGAUUAUUUGGAAAAAAUAAAAUAAUUGGCUUUGCAACAGUUUUAACAGUGCAAAUUGGCCACUUUUAAUUGUUUUCAUACAGGUGGUGUGAAACGGCAUAUUAGGCAUACAAUAAAUUUUCCUAGGAAAAGAGAAUUAAGCCAUGACUGCAAAGGGAAUUUCAUUAUUUUCCUGACUUUGCCACUGACUCACUGUUAUCUGUGGCAAAUAAUUUGAUUUAUUUGUGCCUUGGUUUCCUUACCUGUGAAAUAGAGGUAAAAUUGCUUCAGAAGAUUGUUGUGAGGCUUUUUUAAUGUUGAGUUUUAAAUGCUUUCAGAGUCCAAAAUGAAAGUCAGAUAUUGCUGACUUUCUUAGCAGAGGUCAGGAAUAGACCAUAUGAUCAUAAAAUUGGUUGGGUUUGUUCUUUUCUAAGCAUAAUCUAUAUUGAAAAACAGGGAAAAAACAAGCAAACAAACAAAGAACAAGAAAAAAAACCAAGCAACAACAACAACAAAAACCCAAAAAAGCCCCCAAGAGUAUAGCAUAUACCAGGUGCAUACUUACCUUUUGGGGCAGUGGUAUUCACAAAAAAAAUUUCAAAAUGUUUUCUCCUUCAGAUAUUAGAAAAGAUCCCUGUCUUCUGCCAUGAGACCCUUUCAUUCUCAUAUCUAAUGCUGUGCCAUGGCUUUCAAGACCUGAAUCCAUGAAACACCUUAGCUCCUGUAAGCAUUAUGGACCAGGCCCAAGAGUUGCCUUGGUUGCCAGGUUUCUCUUCUGACCUCCAUGUGUAUGCCAGGAGCAGACCACCACUCCAUCCUCUUUCUCACACCAGGGCAACUCUCCUGGCACCCAGGUAGAAGGCAUGAAGGCCAGCCAGUAUGUCUCCUCCUGUUCCCACUCUUCCUGUCUGUAUAGGAAUAUAUGUCCAGGUUAUCUUCUUGUUCAAGAAGGUCCUCACCAAGGCAAGGAGAUAGGAGCUGCUGCAGCAGACCCAAAAUCUGGAAGCCAAGUUCAUGCUAGGAGGCACCUAGGGCUAAUGGUGUCUAGGAGCAGAUAUGCACAGAGCAUCCCUCCUUUUCAGUGUUAUUCUGACAAAUCCCCCAUUGACUGAGGAACAAAAAUGGAAUAAAGACUGCAGGAUCUGCCUGUAAGUGUAAGGUAUAUGUGUGGAAAAUAGUGAAUCAUGGGAAAACUGGAUGAAAUCAGAGACUUUCCUGGAUAGUACCAAGGAAAUACCAUAAUACUUUUCUUAGCAGGUGUGGGCACAUCACCCAGAGUAACCUUUUCCUGGGAAUACCACUAUGUACCUCUCUUUGAAGCCCUUGUUACAGCCCUAUUUAUUUUCUGAGGAGCUUUUUGUUCGCUUUUUUUUUCCCCAAAGGUUAAACUAAUUCUGUGUCUGUUGAAGUCUGUGAAGUUUUCCCAGUGAGUAAAGACUUUACUGAAGUCUGAUUACCUUCCAAGAACUUUUCUUCCUAAUUUUAGCGUGCAGUGAGGGAAUUAAGUGUGAAGCCUGAUCCUGUUCCUGCAGCCAAAGGGAUAUGCAGCCUAUAAUGUCCCCUGAGAAUUUCAUGCCAAAGGCCCGUUGCUGACAGCACAAAAUGUCUAUAUCCUUCUGUUGGGGAAAGAAAGAAGCAACACAAUGAACUAAAAUGUUUUAAUACAACCAAGAGGGUAGAAGUUCACUCACUUUCACAAUUCAUGGUGGCUUCACAUGCAGUUUCCUCAGAUUAUCAUUGACACCUCCAGGCUUCAGUGCCAAUGAAAAGGUAUACUCUUAGGAACAUUUACAAGGCAACCAAAUUUUUAUCUCAUAUGCAAAAGGAGAAUCCUAUAGAAUUGUCUGUAAGUGGAGGUGUUGUAGAGGCAAUCACUUUCAGGACUCAUGCUCUGCUCUUUGUAGCUUAGUUGCAGCUAAAUAUUGAGCAGCAUCAUGAGGAUGACACAGUAUUAGAGAUGAAGUCAUUCACUCUGUCAGUUGGGAUUAGACUCUAUGGUACUUGGUCUGGUUUUCCAGUUCUAAUUUACAGUUGGUGUCUGCAUCCUGAGAAUACAAUUUUAGAUCCCAAAUUCUAUCGUUCAGUGCUGUGUGUUAGUAGAAUAUACUGCAUUACAAUGACUUUUGGUCAGAGUAGUGCUGUCAUAUAGUUUUGAUUAAUUUAAUUAGCAUACAGUUAUUCUUUAUCCCAUUUAAUUCAAAUCAAUAAUAAUUUGAAUCUACAGUCACAGAACAAAACAUGGAAUUCUGUAACAGAGUUAGAUCGCUUUGUUUUGAAAAAGAAAAUGCUGUUCUUGCCCAUUCCAGUCACCAAAAGCUUCUCAUGGAUGAAAGCAAAAUUUCCCUUUUCCCAAGCUCAUAACCAUGUGUUCCAUAUAAAAGUAAUUUAGGAAACUCUUUAAAAAAUCCGUCUGUUCCAAUAUUUUUUUGCAAAAGUUUAAAACUAUUGGAUGAAGUUUCUUAUCCACCCACAAUGACGAUAUCCAUACAUAUAUCCAAUUAUAGCUGUAUACAUACUCAAAUUAUUUAGUGUUGCCAAUGUGCCCAUAAAAUGGUAUUUAGGAACUGAAGAAACAAUCCUUUUGGCCUCAGAUAGAUAUUGGAUGAAAUUGUGUCAUAUGCAAGUGUUUAUUUUUCCCUUUAGGAACUGAGUUUCAAAAUGUUAUGAGUAGUCAGAUGUUGCUGCACGCUUUCCUCUUUUGUUAGCUAACACUUGAUAGAUGCCAAAACCAUCUUCUGUUUUCGAGUAGAAAGGUAUUUGUGAAUGGUGGGCUAAGUGCAAUGAAACUGCUCCCUUACUACUUAAAGGGUUAAAAACUUUGGGGGCCAAAUCCUUUUCAUCCUACUCACAGAAAAGUUCCAUUGACUUUGCUGGGACUACUGAGUAAGAUGUACUGGAUUUUGAACUCUUGGACAAAUUCUGGCAGAACCAUAGAUACAGAUGCCUGCCGAAAUGGUCAUAUGCAGAAGGAAGACUGCUCCUCAGCCCCUCCCUGCCCUUGGCCACAACAAAUCUGUAAAGAUGUGUCCUAGAACAGGAGCCAAAUAACACUGGCCAUGUGUUUCUGCUGUAGCACAAAUUAGGUAUGUACUUCAGGCCAAAAAGCUUAGGUAGGUUAACAAAUGGUAUUGUUAUCAGUGUAGCACUUCAGGGUGGCUAUAUUAUUUAUAUUAUUUACUCUAAACGUCUGUUUAGGCUUCAACUGCACAUUGAGCCGGGAUUUGGCCCUUAAUAUGUGACAAUAUCAGCUGGACUUAGUAUUAUCUUGAUCAUACAAGGGUACUGAGCUAUUUGUGACAUUUGUAUGUACAAUCUUGUUUUGUGAGAACUGUGAAAAAUGGUUUGUAUGUUGUAUUUUAUUUUAUGGUGUUCUUUCAUUGUCCAGUAUGGUAUUUUCAAUCUCCAGAUGUUUAAUAACAACAUAUCAGUUGAACUUAUGAACUUACCUUAUUGAAAUAAUGUAUAUCCCAAAAAGAAAUUUUAAACUGCAGUUUAGGAAGUACUGUAUAUGGUAGUAUUCAUUAGAGCAGAGGGCUUCCAACUGUAUGAGAUGCAGGUCUUCUUUAAUGCUAUACUAAAAGAAAAAAAUCAUAUAUGCUGUUAUCUUCAAAAUUCCUAUGCCUGUGAAUUUUAUAGUGGACAGCAUCUGUGCUUCCAAGGAAUGCAAAUCUGAAAAUAAUCUUUGUUCAGUCUGUGAGGGAAACAGUUUGACAGUGUUUUGUUUUCUUGUUUAUUCAUACUUGUGUAAGUGCAUGGGACAGUGUGUAACAAGGUUGUGAGGGGGGAACUUACUGUUGGAAAGUUAUGCUGACAGGAAGAUUUUGUGCUUAGUUCUUAGUCAAGAUGAGACCAUGAUCAUUUAACGUCUUCCUGAAGUUAACCUUCAAGAUCAUCUGUGCAUCAGUCAAGAGUCCCGUACGCUUAAGUGCCAACUUCUAGCUGGUCAAGAGGGAAGCAGAAAAAGUCAGCAUCAGCCAAAGCAAUCAGGUGUUGAGAAGUGUUUGGGUGUUGAGAUGUUAAAAAGGUAGUCCUUGCAUGAAAAAGUACAUGACAAAGGAAAUGAAUGAAUAAAACUGUGCUUUAUAUUAUCCUGAAACCUAGAUUACUUGAUCUUACAGUUUUAAUUCUUUCCAAACCCGUGCUGAGUUUAGAAGGAGUAUUUCACUGGUAACAGCUGGGUUUGGGAAUUCUAGCUGCAAACCCAGCAGUCAAACAAAUAGUUGUAUGAGCAUGUGUAGCUUCUUGAAUUCAGUGUGACUUCUCCUAUAUGCAGUUACUAUUCUCAUGUGCAAAGGUUUGGAAAAUUAAAAGACAAGAACUAAAUUCACAGGUAGACAAGUACCAGUGUCCAAUGAAAGCCAACAUGGAGGUUUUAGGCUGCUCCUCAGUAUCACUGUUCAACUACCCACUUGCCAUACAGGCACAUGAAAUUUUUUAGAUACUAGAUUUCCUGUUCAGGAUUAUUUCCUUUGGGAUGGCUGCUCAAUGAAAUCCUCUGUAUGCUCUAAGGGGCUUUUGUGCAAAACCCAGAAUAGGAGAUACAAGAAACUCCAGAGAGUGGAAAUGGGAAGAUGGAGCCCCAUAGGAUAGUCAGUGGACUAAGAUUUUGUUCCCAUUUCUCAAGAAUGUUUGAGAAACACAUGCGAGAAGGAAGCACCUGCUUCAACCCACACUUUCCAUAAGCAGCCUUUCUUUAUGUUACCUGAGUCAGCCCAGCCUUCUUUCUUAUGAAAAGCAAGACUCAAUUUUCAAUUGCCUGUGUCUUGAAUUCUCAGCUGAAUUGCAUUUUCAAUCCACUUUAACCCAGUUUACCCAAGCUGGGAAAUGUUUUUCAAAUUCUGAAUCUAUCUGCUCAGUGAAGGCAGUUGAAGCCAGUAGUCCCACUAUAGUCUUUAACCUUUUUGCAAUUAAAGUUCUCCUUUUGUUAAAGACUCACAUUGUGUAAGUGAUCAAAAACACUGUGAUGCACAGAUUAAUACCUUGACUCCUCCAUGCAAGAGGAGGAUCUCUUGUCCCUUUUAUUUUCUUCUUUUUGUCCGUAACUGAAUGAUUCACAGGGCACCAAAGAAGAUGCACAGAUACAAACAGUACAUAAAAGCUCAUCUGUGAAUCUAAUUUUAAAAAUCUAAUUGCUGUUAGCCAAAAUAAAGAAAAGGACACAUUCUGCAAUGCCUGCUGGAAAAAAAAUAGGUGAAACAUUAGUUGCUGGUGCUCAUUUGCAAGUGUGGCACUGCUCAGAGCUCUGUUCCCAGAAAUUCCUGAAAGGAUAAAGGAAAAUACAUGCAAUUCUUUAUAGCUUGUAUGAGAGAUUCAGUUAAUACCAGAUGAGUUUUGCCAUGCAAAAGACUAGCAUGAGUUCAUUGUUAUCUCAAUGAAAAUUAAAUUUUCAAUAAAAAUAUAGGCAAUUAGUAAACUUAUGAGGAAUACAUAGUCAAUUUACAUUGGUAAGAACGGGAACAUACACAUUUAAAUACACUGGAUGUUACACUAGUUGCUGCCUUGGCAGCUUUUUUAUCAACAAGAAAAGUUCAAAAUAUGAGUUAUUUGUGUGAAGCGUUUCCCUGGCUUUUAAGUGUUAGAUGUGUUGCGUAUACAGAUAGGUUUUCUAAUAUACACUUUAAGGAUGGACUGUGAUAACACAAGGGAACAUAUUUCAACAUAAAAAAAUCUGUAAGUGUAAUGUGAGAGUGUUACUACAUAAAAAUUAUUUUUUUUAGUACAGCAGUUGUAGUUAAGAGGAAUAACAGCAUGUUGGUAUUUUUCAUUGUAUGCUUUAAAUAAAACUGUCGACACACAGCACAAA